AUGAAGGUCCUUUCUGUUUUGACUUCCGCAUUGGUGGUUGCGGUCUUUGCCGCUGGCAUGCCGACGCCAAUGGACGCCAGCAAUAGCACCAAUACCACCGCGAGCACCAAUACCAACGUGAGCACCAAUAUCAACGCGAGUAGCAAUACCACCGCAAGCACCAUAACUACCGCGAGCACCGAGGACAGCGAGGACAGCGAGGCCAGAAGGAAGGAGAACUGGGAAGAACUCGCAGAUCCCAUACUCGGGCACCCCUACAUCGAUGACCCGGAUGCACACUACUUCACCUACAACAAGUCUCGUUUUUAUGAAGCCGCGCGAAUCCCCAAUGACUCUAUCAAACACCCCUUCGUAGUAGUCCCAGAGUCCACCUACAAUGCCAAGCCUCGCAAUGAAUUCAAGUGCCUCGAGUCCAACCAGAUGUUUUGGUUCCCUCGAAUGAGCUGGCAGUUCAAAGGAUACUGCGAGCACGAAUACGGGCAGUGCUUCCUGAAGGCUCUUCGGAAGCGUGGAGCCAUCGUCCACAACUGGCAGUGCUGGAAGCGCGACGACGGGUGGUGGCAGGCUGACUACACCCAUAUGCAUGCCUAUCUUGCUGUCAUUCCCGAGUAUAACGAGGCACUUCGGGAGGUUAUCGGAUUUUUUCCAUACUGUGAAUAG